AUGACCAGCAAAUCAACUCCCAAGGAACUCAUCGAGUCGUUUCCGCAUAGCAAGCUCACGCCCAUUGCUACUGCAACGACCGAACCUGACUACAUGUCGCUCCAUCAGCUGCAGUGGGAAAUCAACAACAACGCUGAGUCAAUAGCAUCCGUUCUUGGAGACGGCCAACAUGGUCACCUUUUCCUCGUUGUUCCUGAAGCCGAAUACCUUGCAGUGACAGACGACAUUCCCUGCAUUCCUCCAAUGAAACCCCCCAUGGACCCGGACCAUGCUGCCAAUGCCACGGCUCCUCAAAUCCUUGAGGCCAAUUGUCAAAACGACAAUUGUCAAAAAAUCUACGAGUUGUAUCACAACGCCAACCAAGCCUUCCGCAACCAACUCAUUGAAGCUGUUCCAAUCGUGUACAUUGAAUCUCUCAGUCAUCCCAUGCGUGGUUUCAGUAAGGUUUCUCCUCUUGCAAUCCUCUCUCACCUCAGGGACGCAUUCGGAAAAAUUCAAUUGGCCGAUCUCAUUGCUAACGAAGCUCGCAUGAAAGCCGGUUGGUAUCCUCCCAUGCCCAUCCAGCAACUCUUUCUGCAAUUUGAAAAGGGCCAUCAAUUUCUUAUCGCUUCAGGCGAAGUCGUCGACGAACGUGCAAUUGCGCGCAUUGGAUACCAGAUCAUUGAAAAAACCGGCCUCUUUGAACUAGCAUCUCGCGAAUGGCGCUACAAGGAAGAAGCCGACAAAACAAUGGCAAACUUCAAAAAACACUUUUAG